AAGAACACAUUCAAAAAAUACACUUGUUGCAAAAACUACUUAUAACUAACUAUAUUAUUAUUAACAAUGGUAUCUAAAGUAGUUCUUCUAUUCUGCGCUCAGGCACUUAUCGCCCAAUGCAUCUCCAGCCAAUGUAUCGGAAAUGGAUACGGAAUUGCUGAUGGUUCUGCCUGGGGCCCAGCUGGUAUCACUGGUUCUUGGGGUGCUCCUUACAUCAAUGAAGCUCCUAUAGCUGCCUCCUGGGCUGCCGCUCCAUGUGCCGCUACUCCAUAUGCGACUGCCGAAUGGGCCACUGGUUUUGCACCUGUUGCUUCCAACGGAGGAGGCUUCACAAUAAAAAGUGCUUCCCCUAUUGCGGUCACCGGAAUAUCCAUGACAUCUGAAAACGCGUACGAAGGUCCGUUAUCCGUGGCUGGUGCUGUACCAUUCUUAGCAGCUGUUGCUCUGGAAGGCGCUCUGCCAACCGCUGGUUCUGGAGCCAUCACUUACGGCUGCGGCAGCGGAAACGUGGCCAUGCUUAGCGAGGGUAUCAAUGCUGGGCCUUUCGGCUACGGCGCUGGAGUCACUGGCGAGCUAGGCUACGGCUACGGACCUAUUGGCUAUGAAGCCGGUAUCACCGGACCUGGAUACGGGUACGGUUAUAACAGAGGUUGUGGUUGUAGUGGAGCCAUUUAUUAAAAUAUAUAAAGUUAUAAUCAUUCCUUUUAGAAGGCAAUUAUAUUAAUUAUUUUUUGUUGAGUUACUCUUUUUGUGUAAAAAAAAAUAAAUAAUAUUUGGUUACCACA